CUCUUCUCCACCCCUUCUAUCUAUCGCUGCUGCCAUCUCCAAAAAAGAGCGCACCGAGAGCAGACUUGUAGAGACGGUAAGGUACUGAUAAUUCACGGUGGAUUUCCCCGUUCAGGACCACUACUGACCGACCGACCGCCCGUCCGACCGACCAUGGAAGAACUUACGGCAUUCGUGUCGAAAUCUUUCGAUCAGAAAACCAAGGAGAGCAGCAAAGAGAGUAUCACGUACAGGGAAGUUUUGGAGAGCGGCUUGGCCCGUGCGAGGGAGCUGGGCAGCCCGGAGACAAACCUGCAGGACAUAACGGAGAGCAACCACUGUCCGGUGCAUCUGUUCAAGGAGCACGUAGAGCUGGAAAAGGAGAAACUGAAGGAGUUUAAUGUUUCGAGGGCUGCAGAGGGGAUAUACGAGUGCAAGGAGAAAAAGGAGGACGUGAAGUCGGAGGACGAGGAUGCACAGAGCAAACUGAAGCAGCGGAGGAGCCGCACAAACUUCACCUUGGAGCAGCUGAACGAGCUGGAGCGGCUCUUCGACGAGACGCACUACCCCGACGCCUUCAUGCGGGAGGAGCUGAGCCAGCGGCUGGGCUUGUCGGAGGCCAGAGUCCAGGUUUGGUUUCAAAACAGAAGAGCAAAAUGUCGAAAACAAGAAAACCAGAUGCACAAAGACAUCUCUCCCUUCUCUGCAGGUGUUAUUCUGGGCACUGCUAGUCACCUUGACGCAUGCAGAGUAGCACCCUAUGUCAAUAUGGGUGCCCUCCGGAUGCCCUUCCAACAGGUUCAAGCCCAGCUCCAGUUGGAGGGGGUCACCCACUCCCACCCUCACCUGCACCCUCACCUGGCUGCUCACGCUCCCUACCUGAUGUUCCCGCCCCCUCCCUUUGGACUUCCAAUUGCAUCGCUGGCCGACUCGGCCUCGGCAGCGGCGGCGGUGGCGGCAGCUGCCAAAAGCAACAGCAAGAACUCGAGCAUCGCUGACCUGCGACUCAAGGCAGGACUUCUGCAGGGCCAGUGGCUCAGUCCACUCCAGGCACAGAUCACAACCCCAGGACCGUACAAACACAUGUGGAUGUCUGUCUGAGGGCCGGGCCGGCCGCUCAGACAAGAAGACGUUAUAACAAAGCAAACUGGCAGGCAGCAGGCAGCAGCAGGGCCAAAACUAGAGGCUCACUGACGCCGAUGGCCGCCAUGUUGACAAUGCAGAGGUUUGAGCAUGGGGGGAAAGACAGACCCACACACCACCACAAGGCAUUGGAACGUCUCUCACCUUUACACACCCUCCCCCUCACUAAAUAAAUAAAAAAAAAAAAAAAAGAAUGAAAAAGAAAUCAUAGAAUGGCCAUAUUUGUCUCCAACCACUGUGUUCCCUGCUGCUGCCAAGUGCAUGAGUUCUAACGGAGGACAACAGACCUUUUCUGGCACUGGCCUCCAUCCAUACGUGACAUUGCGCUCAACAACUGUUUUUAACACUGCCAUUCAACAUGCCCACUGCCCCCCCUCCUCCUCCUCCUCCCCCUCCACGCCACCACCCCAUAAAGUGAAAGGUCACUGGUCUCCAUUAGGGUUUGACAUCCUUAUGCUAUGGACUUGUGCUAUUACAAAAGCAACAACUCCUUUCUUCUUCUUCUUCGCUGACAGGGGAAAGAGACAUGUUUUUUCUUUCUGUGUUGCCGGGCAUGUGUCAGCGAGACGUCGUUUGCAUUUCUCCUCACAUUGUGCUCUCUCUUUCUUUACUUCUUUCUGUUUAUUGUGCUGUAUCCUGGGUAAAGAAGUGAAGAUAGCCUUUGCACUUCAGGUCUUGUAUGUGGGUGUUUACAAAUGGCACUACAAGCAGAUACUACUUUACUAAUUGAGGGGGGAGGGGGAUUUGAUAUCAUCAUGCUAUCAGCAAAAGGACAUUAUCUUGGAUAAAGGGUAUAACUGCGUUUUUGUUUUUGUUUUGUAAUUCUGAAAAUAUGAAGAAUGCAUCAGUUAAACUGAAAUGCAAUGGUGUGCAGUUUAAGUGCAAUACUGUAAAUAGGAAAAAAAAAGUAAAAACAACUAGCAGUUAAUCCUCAACGAUAAAGAGACCCAAUGAUUUUCAGUCAUUUUUCAAGCACUGAUAUCAUUGGAGUGAAGUUGAAGUUCUUUGCCAAACACACCAGUUUUUCUAAGGCAGUGUAUAUUAUGUUAAGUUUAAGAAAAGUCAUUCACAACCAUGUGCCAUAUCCUGCAUAAACUCCUAUGUAUUCAAAUGGUUUUUGUAUACAUCAGGUACAAUUAUUUCUUGUUGAGGAAAGACAUGAGCACAUUUUUCAAUGCUGCAGAAAUGAACUGCUUGGGGUCUGAAAAAAAAAAAUCUCCUCACUGUCCAAUGAACAUUAGAGAAAACCAUAAAAAACCCAUUUAAGAUUCUGGCAAGUGCACAGAACAAAAUCAACAAAUCAUUAUUGUGAUCCAAACGAAACAGUUGUUUUUUCCAAUAUGAUUAACUUAAUUCUGCAUGUUACAUGUGACACUCAUUGCUCAUUUCCAAAUAAUUCAAAAAGCAUUUACGAAAUUGCUCCAGGCAAAUUAAGAAAAUUUUUGCAAUGUUUUGAAAUUCAAAGGUUAUUUAAAACACUGCUGUCAGAGCUCCUUUAAAUAUGUAGAUCCUAGAAAGGUCUACCUCGAAUUUCCAAACAACUUUUUCUCUGUUAACAAACCUCCAUCUAGAAUUGUUUAUCUAUGUCUCCAUUUUAAAUUAAACAUAUGGGUGUUUUAUUUAUUAUUUUGUCUGAAAGUUUAUGAAAGAUGAAAUAGUUGAACUACAAGUGUACAUUUUUACAUGGCUUUGCAUUUAUUUUUGUAUGUUUUUUUAAGUGUUAAAUUUGAAUUAGGAGGUGUGGCUGUAGUGCAUUGUUUGCCUAAAAUGUAGCGUGUCCGAGUUUACAAACAUUUCAGGGAUGGUUGAAUUUAACAAAACUCCAUGGAAUUUGUUGUACCCAUUGCAAUUAUUAUCAUUUUCAUAUGCAAGCAUGCCAAUCAUCAUCGUAAAGUUUAUGUUUUCCCCUUUUGAUUCACAAAAUAUGAAUGUACAUC